GUCGUGUGCGGAUCGAGGAAGGCGCCUCGCUGCGCAUCGACCUCCUGCGUGCUGAGGACCAAGGCUGGUACGAGUGCCGCGUGCUCUUCCUUGACCGGCACAGCACCGACGCCGACUUCCAGAACGGCACCUGGAUCCACCUCACCGUCAACGCACCCCCCACCUUCCUGGAGACCCCCCCUGCAUUCGUGGAGGUGCGGGACCAGGACACGCUGAGCCUUACCUGCACGGCUGUCGGCAACCCCCAGCCUGUUGUCAUCUGGAAGAGGAGCAACCUGACUGUCCAGAGUGGAGACACAGUGCAGGUGAGGAAUGGGACGCUGAGCAUCGCUGUCGUGGAGCGUGCCAGCGCAGGCACCUAUACCUGCCAUGCUUCUAGCAAGGAGGGCACCAUCACCCACACCACCCGCGUGCUCGUGCAGGGGCCACCCAUCAUCGUGGUGCCACCCCAGAACAUCACCGUCAACAUCUCCCAAGAUGCCUUUCUGGCAUGCCAGGCUGAGGCAUACCCGGGAAACCUCACAUACACCUGGUUCCAGGGCAGUAGCAACGUCUUCCACCUCAGCCGCCUCCGAGCUCGGGUCCGUGUCCUGGUGGAUGGGAGUCUCCUACUCCAGCGAACGACCCCAGAUGACACUGGCAAAUACACCUGCAUGCCCAGCAAUGGGCUGUGGAAGCCGCCUUCUGCCUCGGCCUUUGUCACAGUGCUGUAUCCAGCGCAGGUGACCACCAUGCUCCCAGAGACCCAUCUGCCCAAGGGGAUGCAGGGUGUGAUCCACUGCCCCACCAGGGCCAACCCCCCUUUGCUCUCCGUCACCUGGAUGAGGGAUGGGCACCCACUGGAGCUGAACAAGCUCCCUGGCUGGUCUCUGAGACCGGACGGCUCCAUCAUCAUUGCGACGGGGAACGAUGAUGUGCUGGGGGUGUACACAUGUACCCCGUACAACAGCUAUGGCACCGCUGGCGAGUCCCAGCCCACACGCGCUGUCUUCCAGGACCCCCCCGCCUUCACGGUGCGCCCCAAGGAGGAGUACUUCCAGGAGGUGGGCAGGGAGCUGGUGAUCCCCUGCGUGGCCCAUGGGGAUCCCCCCCCAGCUGUCACCUGGCUGAAGGUGGGCAGCGUGGGGAAGAGCAGCGCCCAGGUGGAUGGGAACAGCAGCCUUGUCUUCCGCCCGCUCAUCAAGGAGCAGCAUGGGGUCUGGGAGUGCAUGGCUACCAACCAGGUGGCCAGUGUCAGCACCACCACCUCGGUCCAUGUGCUGGGUACCAGUCCUCACGCUGUCACCAACAUCUCUGUGCUCCCACUCCUGCUGGCAGCCAACAUCUCCUGGGAGCCAGGGUUUGACGGAGGUUAUUUCCAGAGGUUCAGCGUCUGGUACACACCACUGGUGAAGCAUCCACCCCGGGCCCAUCAUGACUGGGUGUCACUCUCGGUGCCAGUGGGGGCUCAGCACCUCUUGGUGGAGAAUCUGCAGCCAGACAUGAGCUACCAGUUUAGCGUCCUGGCCCAGAACAAGCUGGGCAGUGGGCCCUUCAGCCAGAUUGUCACCUCCGUGCCCAAGGGCUUCCCAGUGACCACAGUGCCUCCGGAACCACCGGCCAUGACCAUGAGCAUCUUCCUGUCCCCACCGCAGGCUCUGACUGCCAACGAGACUGUGCGUGGGGUCCUGCUGCAGUGGGAGCCCCCAUCUCGGUUCUCGGUGGCACUGAGCGGCUAUGCGCUGGAGCUGCGGCAGGACAGGGGUGGCUGGGAGGUGCUGGACCGCUCCAUCCCCAGCACGAAGACUCAGGUCCUGGUGCCAGGACUCAUCAAGGACGCCUUCUACGAGUUCCGACUGGUGGCCUUUGCUGGCAGCUACAUCAGCGAUCCCAGCAAUACAGUGAAUGUCUCUACAGCAGGCAUGGAGGUGUAUCCAUCUCGCACCCAGCUGCCAGAGCUCCUGCCACAGCCGGUGCUGGCCGGGGUCAUCGGGGGGAUCUGCUUCCUCAGUGUGGCUGUCAUCUUCAGCACCAUGGCCGCCUGCAUCAUGAACCGCCGGCGUGCCGCCCGUAUCCAGAAGCGAAGACAAGAUCCACCACUCGUCUUCUCCCCCAGCAAGAAGCUUCCACCUCCACACAAUUCUCAUGGCUCUGGUAGCCCAGACAGCACCGUGAAGCUAAAGCUGCAGCCGUCUCCCUACCGGAGCCUGCGCCGGACACUGCUGUGGGGUGAGAAGGCCGGCACCAGCCUGGGUCUCAGUAUCGCCGGGGCUGGCUCCCAGUACACUGUGUAUGAGAGCCACGUUGGGGAGCACGUACCCCUGGAGCGGAUCUGCCGCGGUCCCGAUGGGCGCUUCGUGGUGGAGACUGACAAGCGGCCCACUGGCGACCGCCGGGGACGCUCCUUUGCCUACGGCAGCAGCAGCCCUGUGGAUGAGGCCGCCGCAUUGUGCAUUAUCAACAUCAGCCCCGUGGCCUCCACCACGACUCUGCCUUACAGCACCAUGGAGGAGCUGUGUGACAGCCCUGGCAGCGCCAGGCUCUGCCAGAGCACCACCAGUGCCCU